GCUAUAGAAGGGCACCUCCUCCUGUUGCAGCUCUCUGUCUGUAUCUCUGCCUUCUCUGGGGAGAUCUCUCUAAGUGCCUUCUCCAGUAAAUCAAACCACAAGGCUUUCAUUCGGCCCAAGCUUGGCGAGAGAGCCCUUACAAGUUUCAGAGCCGUAUCUUCUUUCCGUCUGAAAGUCAAUCUCAUUUUCUUUAUCUGCGUUUUGUCCUUUCACUGCAGGUCAUACAAAAGCAGCUCUGGAGUCAACAACAGACGCACCGAGCUUUUCCUGAAGGAGCACGAACAUCUCAGGAACUCUGACCGUCUUAUUGACAAUGCAAUAAGCAUUGCCAUGGCAACCAAAGAGAACAUGACGUUUCAGCGCGGGGUGCUCAAGUCCAUUCAGACCAGAGUAACAACUUUGGCCAACCGUUUCCCUGCCAUCAACAGCCUCAUCCAAAAAAUUAAUUUACGAAAACGGAGGGACUCUCUCAUUCUGGGCACAGUGAUUGGUGUCUGCACCAUCCUCCUGUUGCUCUACACAUUCCACUGAUGCAAACUCGUCUUAUGCCAUAUACCAUUAUAUUCUGCAAUACUUUUGCUUGUAUUACACUUAUUUGGGAAGGAAAGUCUUAAUUUAGAUGAAUAUGAUGUGCUAUAUUUAUUUGUAAGACAAAUAUAUUUUACAUAUUGCUGCUUGCAUACUAUGUAUAUACAGAACUUUUACUUGUGUUGUCUCAGUGGCAUUGCCUAAUAAAACACUUUAACUGGG